UGAAUGUUUUAUAGUUCAGAGGUUUUGUCAGUGUGUGAUUUAUCAGGAUAAACUGCACAUGAGGAAGUCAAUGGCUGAAUCUUCAUCACCAACAAAAGGCGGAAGAAGGAGAAGAAUGGAUAAAUCAGCUUCAUUUUCUCGUGACUCCAGCAGUCUCCUGUCUGAAGAUCAGCUGCAGUGUUCGAUCUGUCUGGAUGUGUUCACUGAUCCAGUCACCACUCCAUGUGGACACAACUUCUGCAAGAGCUGCCUUACACAGUGCUGGGAGAAGAGUCAACACUGUCACUGUCCAUUAUGUAAAGAGAAAUUCACCAAGAGACCUGAACUGAAGAUUAAUACAACACUGAGAGAGGUUACAGAUCACUUCAAGAGGAAAAGUGGCCAAGACAAACCUGAGGUUCUUUGUGAUGCCUGCACUGGAGAGAAGCUGAAGGCCCUGAAAUCCUGUCUGGAUUGUGGACUGACUCUCUGUAAAACCCAUUUAGAGCCACAUAAUAAUAUUCCCAAACUUAAGAAACACAAACUAAUAAACCCUGUGAAGAACCUGGAGGACUACAUAUGCCAGAAACAUGAGAGAGCUCUGGAGCUGUUCUGUAGAGAUGAUCAGACGUGUGUGUGUAAGUUCUGCACUGAAGGAGACCACAAGAAUCACAACACUGUUCCUAUUGAGGAGGAGAGCAGAGCGAGGAAGACACAGCUGGGGAAAACACAGACAGAUGUGCAGCAGAUGAUUCAGGACCGACUGAAGAAGAUCCAAGUGAUCAAACACUCAGUAGAUGUCAGCAAAAGAAGCACAGAGAAAGAGAAAGCAGACAGUGUUGUAGUCUUCACUGCUCUGAUUCGCUCCAUUGAGAGAAGUCAGGCUGAGCUGCUCAAGGUGAUGGAGGAGAAGCAGAAAGCAGCAGAGAGGCAGGCUGAAGGACUCAUUAAAGAGCUGGAGCAGGAAAUCACUGUGCUAAAGAGGAGAGACACUGAGCUGGAGCAGCUCUCACACACUGAGGAGCAUCUCCACCUCCUUCAGAUUUACUCCUCCAUGUGCAGCCCUCCACACACCAAGAACUGGACUGAGAUCAGUAUUAACACUGAUCUGAGUGGGGACACUGUGAGGACAGCUCUGUCUCAGCUUCAGAAGACUCUGAAUAAGAAACUCACUAAAACACUCAAUGACAAGUUAAAGGAAACAGAACUGAAGAGGAUUCAGCAGUAUGCAGUGGAUGUGACUCUGGAUCCUGAUACAGCUCAUUCAUAUCUCAUCCUGUCUGCUGAUGGAAAACAAGUGACACAUGGAGACACAGAACAGGAUCUCCCUGAUACACCACAGAGGUUUAAUUCAUGUGUUAAUGUUCUGGGAAAGCAGAGUUUCUCCUCAGGGAGAUUGUAUUAUGAGGUGCAGGUCAGAGGAAAAACUAAGUGGACAUUAGGAGUCGCAAGAGAGAACAUUAACAGGAAGGGGAAGAUUACACUGAGACCUCAGAAUGGAUUCUGGACUGUGCGGCUGAGGAAUGAGAAUCAGUAUACGGCUCUUGCUGGUUCCCCUGUCCCCCUCACACUGAGAGAGAAGGUGGAGAAGGUGGGGGUGUUUGUGGAUUAUGAGGAGGGUCUGGUCUCCUUUUAUGAUGUGAAGUCCAGCUCUCAUAUCUACUCUUUCACUGGUCAGUCUUUCACUGAGAAACUCUAUCCUUACUUCAGUCCUUGUUCAAAUGCAGGAGGUAAAAAUUCAACACCACUGAUCAUCUGUAUUUAACACUGAAUGAAUUUUCACCUCACAGAUAUAAUCAUCUAUUAAAUGGUGAGAAUAAAAAUAAAUAUUACUUUUUUCUGGUAAAUUUUAGAAAUACAUAUUCCCUUUUAAAGUUCUGUACAGUUUAUUUUAAUACUUGUUUUUUUCACAUAAACAAAUUUAUUUUAAUCCUACAGUGUGUUUUUACACAUUAUGAUUGUGGAACUUUGUCACUAUAAAUCAAAUAUGAAUAAAGAUCAUUUACAGUUCACACUGAGUUUUAUUGCAGAAUUUAAUAUGAUCAAUAAAAUGUAUGAUGUUCA